GUCUUAACUCUUCUUGUUCAAUUGUGCGAUGGGUCGUGCGGAUGUCGGUGGUGGGGAUGAGAACAAAGCUGCGCUUUAUAAUUUUGUAAUCUAAAAGAAUGGAAGCGAAUGUCGGUGGACCUGAAUGAUGUACAUACCACAGCUCACAAGUACCGUCAUUCAACAUUCAACGCCCAGUGCCACCCUCGCAAAUCUUUCUUGUCGAUUCGAAACAGGCACUAUCUCACCUUCUAUCAUAGGUAUCAUAGUAUGCCGAGUCCGAGAGUCUAACAGUAACAGCCCGAGAUACGGGAUCGUCCACGUUAAAUCCGUCGAACAGUUCGGCAUUCGUCCAUCCGCGUUAACAUUUGAACAUUCAAACCUUCCGGUUGAGGUACAGUUAGACAUACUGUACCUUGGCGGCUCGAAGCGGCAUCUCUGCACGGAUAUGAAGUCAGGCUUCGCAGUUCUUUGUUUGCUAGGGGGAGUCGCGACCGUUCCAUGACUGGAUGACCGGAUGACAUUAUGUUAGCAAACAGCGCUGGCUAGGCAUUCUCGACUCUGCGAGUUGAUGAGGGCGGAAGAGCGUGUGAGCCUUGACUGUAUUCGUCCUUAGUGUGUCGUGGUUUGUAUGAACGUCAAGACUUGGUAUGGAGGAAGUAUUUAUCGAAGUAUAGAGUGACAACUGGACAAUCGGGCAGAAGGAUCAGAAACGCUCGCACCGUAUAUAUGGAGUACAUAGGCCCCACCAAAGAGGAAAGGAAGGUUAAAAGCGGACUAGAAACGCCCGCUUCGUGGAUCAUGCAUCAUCGAUGCAUCCUUGACAGUUAGCUCAGAAGCUGCAUGGAAUUAAACUGCCGCCCUGUACAUGUGCAUAUGGUGGGGCGUGAAUCAAAGUGAUGGGUUCUG